AUGAUGAAAAAGCCAAACAUCCUAGAACGCAGUCUGCAGAAAUCCAAGAAUGCCGAGAUCAAUCUCUCGGCAUUUACCUUCAUGUUCUCCGAGAUGAUUCAGUAUUCGCAGAAGCGAGUCCACGGCAUCCAAGACCUGGAGAAAAAACUAUCGGACUACGGCUACCGAGUGGGCAUCCGAGUACUGGAGCUCUCGGCAUGGAGGGAAAAGAGCGGUCGCCGCGAAACCCGGGUGCUGCCGAUCCUAUACUUUAUCACGGGGCCGAUCUGGAAGAUGCUCUUUGGGAAGCAGGCCGACUCGCUUGAGAAGGGUACCGAGAAUGAAGACGAGUACAUGAUCUCGGACAACGAGCCGAUUCUCUCCAAGUUCAUAUCCAUCCCCCGCGAGAUGUCGCUCUUGAAUCCCAGUGCCUUUGUCGGUGGCAUUGUCGAGGCCAUCCUGGAUGGCUCGCAGUUCCCAUGCCGAGUCACUGCACACUCCACCCCGAUCGAAGGCUUUCCGCUGCACACCACGAUCCUGAUCAAGUUUGACAAAUCCGUCAUGCAACGCGAAAAGGCCUUUGAGACCCGAUAG